AUGGUCUCUGAUGGGCCUGAGCGUCCUGUGGAGAAGGUUGCUCCCGUGCGCUCAGAAUCUGAUCCUAACAAGCUUUCCUGUAGAAUCUGCGGAAAAGGAUUUGGACUGCAGAGGUUGUUAAACAGACACAUGAAGUGUCACAGUGAUACCAAGCGAUACCUUUGCACUUUCUGUGGAAAGGGGUUUAAUGACACUUUUGAUUUGAAGAGACACACGAGAACACAUACAGGAGUGCGACCGUACAAGUGUAAUCUCUGCGAAAAGAGUUUCACUCAACGGUGUAGCUUGGAGUCCCACUGCCUCAAAGUUCACGGCGUUGCCCACCAAUAUGAAUACAAGCAAAGACGAUCUAAGGUGUACGUGUGCGAGGAUUGCGGACACACCACGAAGGAGCCAGAAGUUCAUUAUGUACACUUGAAGGAGCAACAUCCAUUCUCUCCUGCUCUCAUGAAAUUCUACGACAAGCGCCAUUUCAAAUUCUCAAAUACAAACUUUGCAAACAUGCUCCUCACCUGCAACUAG